UAAAACCUCCUACUGAUUUUGACAGAUUCAUUCAGCUAGAAACUCUUUCUCUGAAUGACGUUGAAGUCGAUCCAGAAUUUUUGGCACGUCUUUUCUCUGCUUGUGUGCUUCUCGAAAGGUUCACCUUGAACACAUGUGACGUGCGCUCAAAUCUGAUUAUUGGUCCAUCCCUUCACCUGCAUGAUCUGAAAGUGCUCACGUGUUACCGAUUAGGAAGAAUAGAGAUUGAUGCAGUAAAUCUUUACUCCCUGGAAUAUGAUGGAUAUAAUACGGAGAUUUCUUUCAUGAGAACUCCACGGCUAGCAAGAUGUUUUUUUAAGGGAUGGUCUAUAGGUCCGGUACCUCAUGUGCUAACCCAACUCCCCCUGUAUUCUGAGCUUGCGACUCUUCAUCUGCAGAUCAGAAAUAAUUUCGAACAUAUACCCCAAACUUUUCCAACAUUGAAAAACCUAAAGCAAGUGAAGUUGGAUCUCCUCAUGCUUGACUUUGAACUUGGGAGUGUUCUAAAUAUUCUCAAGGCUGCACCACUUUUGGAAGAACUUAUAAUAACAACACGAGCUCCAGACUAUCACGGAGAGAUGAGGAAUCUUUCUACAUUCUCACAUAAUCAUUUGAGAAAAAUAAAGAUGCAGGGGUUCCAAGGUAUGUGGUUCAAGAUAGAGUUGGCCAUUUGCCUUCUUAAAAUUGCUACAAAGCUUGAGGUAAUGGUGAUUGAUCCACUUGGAUCAUACUAUGUCGGUGAUGGAAGGUGGGUCAAAAUGACCUGUUGUUAUCAGGAUGGGAAUGAAGAUGAGAACCCAGAGGAAUAUGAUGACCCAGGAGAUGAAAAUGUGGACAAUGUGCCUUAUGAACUUUUACGUUGGCAAAAUAGAGGCAGGGCAGCAGUCCAAGAAAGGCUGAAAGAUGUAAAGACUGAUGCUCAAGUCUUCAUCCUCUAAUGGUUGUAAUUUGUAGAAUCUGUUUCAAGUGGGAACUAGGAAGUACCUAGCUAGGAUGAUCUUGAUGAUGAAUCUUUUAUGUAUCAUUCACAUGAUCUUGAUGCUGAAUCUUUUAUGUGAUCCGGAAUGAAAUAAGGUAAUGUGGCUUGAGCUCAGACUCUGAAUCUGCUGCCUGUGUAUUAAUUUCUUACUCAUGAGUCAUGACAGUAGAGUUCAGGGCAAUGCUAAAGUAAGCUUCUGAUGUUAAUGUAAGCUUCAACUCCAAUCUCGGUAGUCUGUAAAGCAAGGAAAGGAAUAGUAGGCGGAUCUAAAACGAAUCAGAACGUGAGUGCUCUUAUAAUCGGAUUGGCGGGUGCAACGAUCACCUUGUCUGCUUAUUCUCAGACUGUGGUGUCUUCAACUCAGUGCAUCACAGUCGGCCUCCUCGUUCUCAUGUUUGGCUUGAUUGUCAAGGAAGGUUUUAUAUAUUUUUAGCUCCAUCAUCGAUCUU